AAAUACCCACUUCCGAUAAGUAGGCGUUAAGCAAUCUCCUGAUACACGGAAAUAAAAAGGUGCCAGGCAGUUUUCGGCUUCACUUGGACACUGUAAGAAGCUCUACAAAGGGUCUCACGGAAAGAAAUAAGCAUGGACGUCCGGGCUGGUAUCAUCGUGUUGUUCUUCUUGAUGGGAUUCACCUGUGCGGAGCCGGUGAAAUUCCUUGACUGCGGCUCAACUACUGGCAAAGUAGUCACAGUGGACAUUACCCCUUGUCCCAAUCAGCCAUGUGAACUACACAAAGGAGUGUCCUACGGUGUCAAUGUGACAUUCAACAGUGAUGUGUUGAGCCAAACAAGCACAGCAUUGGUUCACGGUAUCAUUGCUGGAGUUCCCAUCCCAUUCCCCAUUCCCAUUGAAGAUGGUUGCAAGUCUGGCAUCGUGUGUCCAAUCCAGCAGCAGCAUAAGUAUAACUAUGUGAACUUGCUUCCUGUGAAGACUCAGUAUCCUUCAAUAAAGCUGGUUGUGGAGUGGGAACUGAGAGACGACAACAACAAAGACCUGUUCUGCAUCCGGUUCCCAGUUAAGAUUGUGAGCUAAACAAGCAGAAGUACCUCUUCACCAAUUGAUUGUUUGAUUUUAAAGGGAUUUAGCUUGAGUAAAAACCAGUGAUAAUAAAUGAUUCUCGUAAGAUCUCGUUUUAUUCAUUCCUCAUUGUGUUUGUUUUAACCACGUUCACUAGUUCACAAGACUCUGCUGCUCUUGCACAUCUUGAACUGCUGAUUUUUGUCUGUGACCUGCCAACAUGAACAAAUGUGGAUGUGCAACAAGGCGAUUGAUAUUUGUGUGAUUAACGCUGAAUCACAUUCCACUGAAGUGCAUACUUGUCUUACUGGCUGCUGUGUAGUCGGAAAAGGUACAAACUGUACUUCCUCUUUACUAACACUUGUUAUAUUUCUUACUGACCUUGUCCUACUAGAUGAAUGACAUUUUGAAAUUGUAACUGAACAUAAACUAUAAUAAAGAAAUAUAAUCUGGA